AUGUAAAUUUUAGGAAAGUAAUAUUGUAGCAUGUCAAUAAAAUGUACUCCUGCAUUGACAUUUCUGAAGUAAUUAUAAAAAGGAUUAUAGGUUUACUAAUGGAAUUGCUAUUUGUUGGUUGAUAAUGUUUACUUAAGCUACGUAAAUGUAAAUAUUUCCCAAGUAACCUCUAUAGAGUCAAGGGUUCCCUUCAAAGAAAACACCUUUGUGUCUUCUAAAUAUCUUUAUUUUAUACAGUUAGAAAAACUUUUUGAGAUGUCUUAAAAAUUUAAUUUAUUUAGUAUAUACACAUUUUCAUUGACUACUUAGAGAUUUAAGAUGUAAUUCUGCAUGUCUUCCUUUAAUAGUUGAGGUUUAGAAUUUAAGUUUUCCAGUAACCAGUAGAAGUGUCAAAUGAGUAUUUACACAGUAUCCUGAUUUACAGAUUAUGUGAUGUGAGGUUAGACACAAAUUUGUAAUUGAAACUCGUGAUUUUUUUUUUAUCUUUUUUUCCAUAAUUCCAGUUGAACUCUGGAGGACAGGACUAUGAAGAAUACACUUCCUGUCAAACAUCAUACUCUUUUGCUUCCUCUCCAAUUUCUGUUCCAUUUCCUCUGAACUCCAGAGGCUUGGGCAAAGUGAAUUCUAAAAUGCCAGAGUCUUUAUUUUGAAUUACAGACUUCAUGGAGACACUUGAAUGGCUGAGAUCCUUUCAUCCCAGGUAGAAUAUGUAAAUACUUCAUAAAAUACUGUGCUGUGAUUACCCCUUUACUUUCUACAACAGUUGCUUCUAUUUUUAAGAAAACAAUGUUCUACUUUAUUGAUCAAAGCCCGGUUAAUCUGAGACACACAUUUUGUAAUAGUUUUAUGUUUCUUCACACCAUUUGGAAAUUAGUAUUGACUACAAUCACUUUUUUGGUAGCUAGUCUUUGUAAAAAUUGUAAGAAGUAUUGCUAGGUUACUAACUGUGAGAUUGCAAAGGGAUGGCCCAGUGAUAUCAACCUGUAGAAAAUGACUGUGAUGAAUCAGCUUUUCUUGAGUUCAUUUCUUACUUUACAUCAUGGUUUGAAAAAAACAAUAGAUGAUAACACGUUAGUGUGAAUAUUUUUAAUCAUCCCACCUUGUAAAACUUUGUAUCAUGCCAAAAACCAGAGUAGGUUUUCAGAAGUAUUUUCCUUUUGACAACUGUUGUAUAGCAGCUCCUAUUUAAAUGUUUGUAAGGACAUUCUGUUUUAACAAAUUAAAUGGGAGUAUUGGUAAUCAUAAAAGGUUUAUACCUCAUAUUCAGGGUUAUUACCUAGUAGCCAAAAAUGCUAUCUGUAUCUAUUUUUGGAGUGCCAGGGAAGGUGGGGGGAUGGGGAGGAUGAAACUUGAAUCAGUGACCAUCUGGCCCAGAUUUGGCUGAUUUCCUGUGCACUGUCCUUUGUUUCUGCCAGACAAUGGAUUGCUCCCUUUACAGAUAAGAACCCUGUUGAUGACUUUGUGCUGAAUCAGCAUAUUUAGUUUGGGGUUGCCAGCAAAGACUCAUAAUGACAGAUUUUCUGUUGUUCUGAGGUCACUAUCCUAGUCUUUAUCCAUCACAAAGGUAUUCUUCAGGUGCUUUUCUAUAAUUCAGUAGAGUGAUGGGAUUACAUAUAUAUAUGUCAAAAUAAUUGGGAAUAUAGAUUUCUAGUUUGGUAUUGUCUUAAUCAUUGAAUUUUUCAUUGUUCUCAGUUUACAAAGCUAAUGUGUACCUGGGUGUGAUUUUUGAUGAGUGUUUAUUUAGAAUCUUGAGUGUGAACUUGAAUUUUCAUUUUAACUUUUAAUGGCUUAAAUUUAGUCUUGUCCUAAAGCUAAGUUAGACUUUUACGAUGUGGCUGUAUGAACUGUAAGUUUUCUGUGACAUCUGUUGCCAUGUAUCUGUAAAUUACAUUUUAGGGUGUUAAAGCUAUUUGCCUUACUUUUAAUGCUUCCUAAUCAUCACGACACUUUAAAAAAUGGUUAUUUAUUAGAAAUAGGGGUCUCUGUUGCCUAGCAUCCUGAGUCAGUCAACCAUCAGAAUUUGUAGGUUUUCUUAAGAAACAAGAGAGAUUAGAGUGUGGAUAAAUGCCACUUUUCAGAAGACCAGAGCAAACUUCGACACUACUAUUUUGCUUUGUAGCCAAGAAACAUUAAAAAUAAUAGUUUUACUUCUUAAGUUAUUGGAGAAUUGUUGUCAGAUUGUCAGUUGACUUUUUUGUUUAACUCUUAGCUUCUUACAGCUGAAUUGCCAUUUAAUACUCCAGUAUGGAAUUUUCUCCAGACAACCUUUUCUGAAACCACUUAUAGCUUUUAAAUCAAGCAUUUGAUCAAAAUUGACUGUGUUGAGAUCAAAUCUGUAAUUCUUUUGUGCAGAUAAAGGUAUGCUCCUUAGAUAGAAUCAAGGAGCCUAAUCUUAAGAAAAAAGCUUAAUAGUUAGUUCUUUGGGGGAUCUAAUUACAUAGCAAAUGGGACCACACAGCACUGUUCACUGUCAUUGGAUGUAAUGAAUUUUAGGUCUGCAUCCAGCUAAAACCAAUGAUGAAAAAUGACACAAAACCUUAGUUUGCCACCAUAUGGGACACUGCCCAUUCAUAUAUUGUUGUUUCCCUUUGUUUUUGCAUCUCUCUAAUCAGCUAGUUGCCUCUGUUUGGAACUAAUAAGGCCUUAGAACUGCUGGUUCAGUUUAAAUGCAUGGGUAGUUUGGAUACAUGGGUGUCAGGGCAUUUAUUGGAAUAGAAUAUUCAGAUGUAGAGGAUUGGUUAGUUAUAUGGUAAAGUGUGGAAGAGUUAAAAGCUACAACAACAAGACAAGUUUCCACCCCUCACCCCCUGCUUUAAUCAAAGACUAGUUCAGGGAGCUAGUUCGAGGUGGAGGGUAAGGUCUUAUCCUUUUCUCUCCCUCCCCCUCCUGGUCACCCUUCACCCCCCAACCUCUGACUCUCCUUCAAAUCUUGCUGAGGAAUUAUAGUCUCUACAGAGGCUGGGUUGCAGAUGCCUGGAAAGUUUACGCCGCAGAGAGUUGUUUUGUUUGGCAUAGCUAAUCAGGAGCCAGGCUGCAAUUGCUCAUAGCUGUCAUUCAGGUUUUGUUUCAAAGUCCAAGGACCUGCUGGGAAAAACAAAAAGCUAAUGAAAGCUGACUGUAUUUAGGCCUCAAAUCUGUGGAAUCUGAAAUGAUGUCCUGACAGUGUAUUCUUAUUCUUCCACAUUCUUGCCGUUACUAAGAAGACAGAAUUAUCAUUGGUCCUAGUCCAGAAAGAAAAGGAGGAAAUCUAUUCAUCUAAAUGUACAGAAAAUCUUUAAACAAUUAAAAUCUAGGCAGCAGGCUUCCUGAAGUGUUGACUGCCCAACUUAACCAUGAGCAUGAUUCAAAAAUGUUAAUAAAUAAACCAAGACCAUGGGGAAUUCAUAUGCUGGGCAACUGAAAUCUGCUCGAUUUGAGGAAGCGCUGCACAACUCCAUAGAAGCCUCCCUCAGAUGUAGUAGUGUGGUACCACAGCCAAUUUUUUCCCAGCUAUACUUGGACCCUGACCAGCAUCCUUUCUCCUCUGCAGAUGUGAAACCCAAAGUGGAGGAUCUGGAUAAAGAUUUGGUACACCGCUACACCCAAAAUGGAAGCCUGGAUUUCUCUAACAAUCUAGCAGUCAAUGAGAUGGAAGAUGACGAAGAUGAUGAAGAAAUGUCAGAUUCAAACAGCCCACCCAUCCCCUACUCACAGAAGCCUGCCCCGGAAGGAUCUUGCACUACAGACGGUUUUUGUCAAGCAGGAAAGGAUUUGCGUCUGGUAUCCCUGUGUAUGGAACAAAUCGACAUCCCAGCAGGAUUCCUCCUUGUGGGGGCCAAGUCUCCCAAUCUUCCUGAACACAUCCUCGUUUGUGCCGUAGACAAGCGAUUUCUACCAGAUGAUCAUGGGAAAAAUGCACUUUUAGGGUUUUCUGGAAACUGUAUAGGCUGUGGAGAAAGAGGAUUUCGGUAUUUCACAGAAUUUUCCAACCACAUUAACUUGAAGCUCACCACCCAGCCAAAGAAGCAGAAGCACUUAAAGUACUACCUAGUCAGAAGCUCCCAGGGUGUACUGUCAAAAGGACCUCUUAUCUGCUGGAAAGAAUGUAGAAGCCGACAAUCCUCUGCUGCUUGCCACUCCAUUAAACCAAACUCUUCAGUAUCAUCAACUGUGACCACAGAAAAUGGAACAACCAAUGGAUACAAAUCAGGAUUCACUCAGACAGAUUCGCCAAUUCUCAGUCCAGCUAAUUCUGCAAUCAAUUUAAGUGGAGCUCAGGACCUGACCCGGAAUAAGAAUGUUGUGAAACCACUGGCUUUAUCUUUGCAGGUUAUAGGGAAGACAUUUCCUGCAGAUGCUGCUAAUGGAAACAGUAGCCACGGAGGGAAGAGCAGUGCCCCGAGCUCCACGCUCCCCCGCCCAGGGAAUUACUCUUUGUCACCAAGGCCUAGUCAGGCAUCAGGAGACCAAGCUCCCAUGUUCAUUUCUGGGCCACCAAAGAAACGGCACCGAGGGUGGUAUCCUGGAUCACCCGUCCCCCAACCUGGUUUAGUUGUACCUGUUCCUACAGUUCGCCCUCUUUCAAGAACUGAGCCUUUUUUAUCUAACCCAGUUCCACAGACCCCAUUAACUGGAAUUUUACAACCUCGGCCCAUUCCUGCAGGGGAAACUGUAAUUGUUCCUGAAAACCUGCUGAGUAACUCAGGAGUUAGACCAGUUAUUCUUAUAGGCUAUGGCACUUUACCCUAUUUCUAUGGAAAUGUUGGUGACAUUGUUGUGAGUCCUCUGCUGGUGAAUUGUUACAAGAUUCCACAGUUGGAAAACAAAGAUUUGGAACAAUUAGGGCUGACAGGCAGCCAACUCCUGAGUGUGGAAAAUAUGAUUCUUCUGACAAUACAGUAUCUUGUGCGGUUGGGUCCUGAUCAAAUACCUCUGAGGGAAGAAUUUGAGCAAAUUAUGCUGAAAGCUAUGCAGGAAUUUACUCUGAGAGAGCGAGCCCUGCAGCUCGGUGCUCAGUGUGUACCUGUGUCACCAGGACAGCUCCCCUGGCUUGCUAGAUUGAUUGCCAGUGUUUCUCAGGACUUGGUUCAUGUGAUCGUGACCCAGAACUCCUUGGCGGAGGGCAUUUCAGAGACACUGAGGACUCUCAGCGAAAUGAGACACUAUCAAAGGCUACCGGAUUAUGUGGUGGCAAUUUGUGCGUCAAAAAUCAGAGGAAAUGAAUUUUGUGUUGUGGUGUUAGGUCAGCAUCAGUCCCGGGCUCUGGCAGAGAGCAUGCUCACCACAAGUGAGUUUUUGAAAGAAAUUAGUUAUGAGCUCAUCACAGGAAAGGUCAGUUUCCUGGCCUCACAUUUCAAAACCACGUCAUUAGGUGAUGACCUGGACAUGUUGCUGGAAAAAAUGCAGCAAAGAAGAGGAGACAGUGUGGUUACCCCCUUCAAUGGAGACCUUCAUGAAUGUGUGUCCCCUCGAGAGGCUGCUGCUAUGAUCCCCACACAAAACCUGGAUUUAGAUAAUGAAACCUUCCAAAUUUAUCAACCACAGCUUACAGUUGCCAGAAAACUUUUAUCCCAGGUGUGUGCUAUUGCGGACAGUGGCAGCCAGAGCCUGGACCUCGGUCACUUCAGCAAAGUGGACUUCAUCAUCAUUGUCCCGAGAUCGGAGGUUCUGGUGCAGCAAACUCUUCAAAGAGUUCGACAAUCAGGUGUCCUUGUAGACUUGGGCCUGGAGGACAAUGGGACAGCUCAUCAGAGAGCAGAGAAAUACGUUGUGCGUCUCGACAGUGAGAUCCAAAGCAAGUUUGAAGUCUUUAUGAGGAAGGUGAAACAGAACCCCUACACCCUGUUUGUGCUGGUCCAUGACAACUCCCAUGUGGAACUAACGAGUGUCAUUUCAGGCUCUCUGUCCCACGGUGAGCCCAGUCACGGAUUGGCUGAUAGAGUAAUAAACUGCAGAGAAGUCCUGGAAGCUUUCAACCUCCUGGUGCUCCAAGUUAGCUCCUUCCCAUAUACACUACAGACCCAACAGUCCCGAAUCAGCUCUAGCAACGAGGUUCACUGGAUACAGCUGGACACUGUGGAGGAGGUAGGCUGCGAGGAGAAGCUGUACUUCGGCCUGAAUGAGUACAGCAAGUCUCUGCAGUGGGGCAUCACAAGCCCGCUGCUGAGAUGUGAUGAGACUUUUGAAAAAAUGGUGAACACACUCUUGGAGCGGUACCCCAGGCUGCACAGCAUGGUUGUCCGCUGCUACCUUCUCAUCCAGCAAUACUCCGAAGCUCUGAUGGCUCUUACCACCAUGGCGUCACUCCGAGACCACAGCACACCAGAAACACUCAGCAUCAUGGACGACCUCAUCAGCUCCCCAGGCAAAAACAAAAGUGGGCGGGGACACAUGCUCAUUAUCAGGGUGCCCUCAGUGCAGCUGGCAAUGUUAGCCAAGGAGCGGCUGCAGGAGGUGCGCGACAAGCUGGGUCUGCAGUACCGUUUCGAGAUCAUCCUUGGGAACCCGGCCUCUGAACUCAGUGUUGCAACUCACUUUGUGACACGAUUAAAGACUUGGAGAGGAAAUGAAUCAGAAGAGUGGAUUCCUCGGACUUAUCAAGAUUUAGAAGGUCUGCCUUGUAUUGUGAUAUUAACUGGAAAAGAUCCGCUUGGAGAAACCUUCCCCAGGUCUUUGAAGUACUGUGAUCUCCGCUUAAUUGAUUCAAGCUAUUUAACUCGCACGGCCUUGGAGCAAGAAGUGGGUCUGGCGUGCUGCUACGUCCCAAAGGAAGUGAUCCGGGGGCCCACGGCUGCCUUGGACCUCAGUGGGAAGGAGCAGGAGCGAGCCGCUGUCAGCGAGAACGAUGCCGACGAGCUGCUCAUCGACCUGGAGCGGCCCCAGAGCAACAGCAGUGCUGUCACUGGAACCUCAGGUUCCAUCAUGGAGAACGGGGUGAGCUCUUCGAGCACGGCCGACAAGUCCCAGAAGCAGCCUCUGACCCCCAGCUUCCAGAGCCCAGCCACCAGCGUGGGGCUGGACGAAGGGGUCUCUGGCAGCACAGCUGGAGCCGGGGAGAGUCUGAAGCAGGAGUGUGACUCCCUGGGCCCCCCGAUGGCGAGCAGCACCACCUCCAAGCCUUCGUCCUCCUCCUCGGGACCCAGGACCCUCUCAUGGCCAGGACAGCCUGCCAGAGGCUACAGGGGCCUGCACGCAGCCCUGCCCCCCAUCGUGAUCUUAUCCAAAGCGGCCUACAGCCUGCUGGGCUCCCAGAAGGGCGGGAAGCUGCCGUCCUCCUCAUCCCUGCUGCCGCACGCCGACGUGACCUGGGUGAGCUCCCUGCGGCCGCUCCUGCACAAGGACAUGAGCAGCGAGGAGCAGUCGCUCUACUACAGGCAGUGGACCUCAGCCCGGCAGCACCACGCCGACUACAGCAACCAGCCCGACCCGGCCUCGGGCACCCGCACCGUCCAUCCCCGCCGGCUGCUGCUGACCGGGCCCCCCCAGGUGGGAAAGACUGGCUCCUAUUUACAGUUCCUUAGGAUCCUCUUCCGCAUGCUCAUCCGACUCCUGGAGGUGGAUGUGUACGAUGAGGAGGAGAUCAACCGUGAUCACAGCGAAAGCAGCGGAGCCGGCCAGGCGGAGGGAGAGCCCUGGCCCGACCUCGAGAGCUUCAGUAAGAUGUCCUUUGACGUCAGUGUGCAUGAUCCCAAGUACAGCUUGAUGAGCCUGGUGUACACCGAGAAGCUGGCGGGGGUCAAACGAGAAGUAAUCAAAGAAGCCAAGGUUGAGGAGCCCAGGAAACGAGAGACUGUGUCCAUGAUGCUGACCAAGUACGCAGCCUACAACACCUUUCACCACUGUGAGCAGUGCCACCAGUACAUGGACUUCGCCGCUGCCUCACAGAUGUCGGACUCCACCCUCCAUGCAUUCACGUUCUCCUCCUCUAUGCUGGGAGAAGAGGUUCAGCUCUAUUUCAUCAUUCCCAAAUCCAAAGAGAGCCAUUUUGUCUUCAGCAAGCAGGGCAAACAUCUGGAGAGCAUGCGGCUGCCCCUGGUUUCAGAUAAGAAUCUGAAUGCGGUCAAGAGCCCUAUUUUCACACCUUCCAGUGGUCGCCACGAGCACGGACUCCUAAACCUUUUCCACGCCAUGGAGGGCAUCAGCCACCUUCACCUGCUGGUGGUCAAAGAAUAUGAGAUGCCGCUGUACCGCAAGUACUGGCCCAACCACAUCAUGCUGGUGCUUCCCGGCAUGUUCAAUAAUGCAGGCGUGGGUGCCGCCAGGUUCCUCAUUAAGGAGCUGUCCUAUCACAACCUGGAGCUGGAGAGGAACCGCCUGGAGGAGCUGGGAGUGAAGCGCCAGUGUGUCUGGCCCUUCAUCGUGGUGAUGGAUGACUCGUGUGUCCUGUGGAACAUUCACAGUGUUCAGGAGCAGACCAGCCAGCCCAUGGAAGCAGGAAUUUCCAGUAAGAACGUAUCCUUAAAGAGUGUCUUGCAGCACAUUGAAGCCACACCAAAGAUUGUCCACUACGCAAUCCUGGGCAUACAGAAGUGGAGCAGCAAGCUGACGUCCCAGAGCCUGAAGGCCCCCUUCUCUAGGUGCCACGUGCAUGAUUUCAUCCUCCUCAACAUAGACCUGACGCAGAACGUGCAGUACGACUUCAACAGGUACUUCUGUGAAGACGUUGACUUCAACCUGAGGACAAACAGUAGUGGCCUGCUCAUCUGCCGCUUUAAUAACUUCAGUCUCAUGAAGAAGCAUGUCCAGGUUGGCGGGCAACGGGACUUCAUCAUUAAACCAAAGAUCAUGGUGUCGGAGAGCCUAGCACCCAUCUUGCCCCUUCAGUACGUCUGUGCUCCCGACAGUGAACACACGCUGCUGGCAGCCCCUGCACAGUUUCUCCUGGAGAAGUUCCUUCAGCAUGCGUCCUAUAAACUCUUCCCCAAAGCCAUCCGUAACUUCAAGAGUCCCGUGCUGGCCAUCGACUGCUACCUUAACAUCGGGCAGGAGGUGGCCGUGUGCUACGUCAGCUCCAGACCCCACUCCAGCAACGUCAACUGUGAAGGGGUGUUUUUCAGUGGACUCCUCUUGUACCUCUGUGACUCUUUUGUAGGUGCUGAUCUUCUUAAGAAAUUUAAGUUUCUAAAAGGUGCUACGCUGUGCGUCAUCUGCCAGGAUAGAAGCUCCUUACGUCAGACAAUUGUUCGCUUAGAGCUGGAGGACGAGUGGCAGUUUCGCCUGAGGGACGAGUUUCAGACUGCGAACAGCAGUGACGACAAACCUCUCUUCUUUCUUACUGGACGCCACGUAUGAGCUUUUGGAGAGACCGAAAACAGCAAUGGGAUGCCUAGGUGGGGAGGGACAGAAACACUGGGCAUUUUUUUUUCUUUAAAGUACAAUCACUGUGGAGCGAAGUGCAACAUACGUGUCUAUUCUCCAAAGAACUCCCCAAAGCCGCCCCAGGUCUUUGGGGACAUCACUCUUCUUCAGUUCUACUUACAGGACCUUAAACUUGGGUUAACUCCACCCUAGGCAGUUAUUCAGUUCCUUAAGAAGUGGUCUGCCCGUGGGAUCCCGAGGAUUCACUUUGGAGAACAAACAGAGCUGGCAUUUUUUUUUUUCUACUACACUGUGUUACGGGAAACGGACUCUGCGCACGAGCUAGCUUGAAUGUGACAAGAGACUCACACUGUUGGUGUGGAAUUCAUUGAAGAUUAACGUUCGAGGCCUGAACCCUCGGUUUCUCUUCAGAUCUGUACUACGGUACAGUAUUACUCAGGGGUCUGAAUGAUAGAAUGUAGAAGAUAUUUGUAUUUAAAAAAGUAGCUUUGUCUUUCUCUGUGCAGUGUUAGUUUAAGAUUUAUAAUCUUAUACGUAUUGAAACUUUUGGCAAAUUUCCACAGGAGUUUAAAGUUUACUAUUUAAACUGAACAAGCAAAUUGGUAAAUGCAGAGCAGGCAUUGUGUGCGUGCAUUUAUGUGGCUUCUCCUGGCUUAAGUCCUUUGCUUUUCCCAUUCUUUAAAAUGUUGCUAGUCUUUAAGCACCCCAUGUCUAUGACAACAUGGAACAGUGAAUAACCUUAGGCCAGAUUUGUGACCAUAUUAAAUAGGUUUUCGCCACUCUGAAUGUUAGAAAGGAACAUUAAGAAUACAUUUAGUUGAUUUAGUUGAGCCAGUUCAGAAGCUUUCAACAGUUAACCUGCACCCACGCUGUUUUGGUUGGAAUUAAGCAGUUGGUACCAGCAAAGCUCAAGGCAGGCUAAGGUUCUGUUGUGGAAUAGAACUAGUUCAUUUCCUUUCAGAGACUCAAGCAAAGUUUCCUUUAAAGGACACUGAGUAUCAGCGGCCUUACACUGACAACACAGAAACUGCUGUAAAGGGAAAUAGAGCCAUAGAGAGAGAACUGUUUUACUUAACCCCACCAGUGACUCUUGUACGGGGAGUCAGGAAGAUUCCAUGAAGGCUUUUUGACUCACAGAAACCAGCAGAUGUCUCCAAAUAUUUGUUUCUACAGAUUUCACACCAAAUAUCGUAACCAAAAAGAUUUUUAGAGAAUGUUCUAGAACUAAGUCUACUUUAAUUAUGCCCGUUCUCAUCAUUAUACAAUCUCUUGAGAUUUUCUCAGCCCAUCAGUAUCACUUUAUCUUCCACUUAAAAGGACCAUUUUCACUGGCAUUGAUCUUGUCACCUACACGAAUGAAAGGUGUCCACUGAGCCUGCAUUUACGUAAAACAAAGAGUGUUACCUGACCAGCUUCAUGGUCCUGUGCUAACAAAGGGUUUACAGUUAAUGGAGAUGGAGUAUACUGGAGUGAGAAUGAUUCUGGAGAUCUACUUACGAUGCUUUAAAUGUAUUCUGAAACGAACAAUUUCUUUUAACCCCAUUUUUAACUGUCCUUUAGAGGACCUGCCUUUUAAAUACUCCUUAAUUUUAGAAUCUUGUGAUGAAGAGGUACGUUUUGAAGCAUCUUGGUUUAGAUAUGAAUGUAUUUCACUUGAUCCUGUUUUACUGAAAGGGCCUAAUGCAGACGCUAUCAAGAAACCCACUGUUUGUGCAAUAUUCCAGUAAUAUUUACUUUAUAGGGCAAAUAAAAUACUUGAAAUAAUUCUAAAACAGCUGUACCCGGGGCAGAUGGCCUCUCAGGGUUUCUUCUGGCUUUUUAUGACUUCAUAGUCUAAAGAACUUUUCUUUUUAAAGUAGUUAUUUUUAAUUCAAGUACUCCAUUUAACUUUGUGGAAGAGAAAUGCCAGAAUAAAGCCAAAGGACCAUCACCUCAGUGAAGCAGAAACUGAAUUGACUUGCUUAUUCUCUUCAAAGCAUAUCUUAGUAAAGUGUGGAUUUUUAAAAAUCACCUUAUCAGUAUAAUUCUUUAGAGCUAAAGUAUAGUUCUGUAGAGAACGUUGGGUCCUUCUUCAAGGAUCAACUUGCACAAGUCCAGGGCACCAUGACUUGUUAAUAUGUACCUUGGUGUGUGUUGUUUUAAGCUUUCCAUCCCUUAGAAUGCUUAAUGUGGGGUGAGUGGAUGCACUAGGCCUACACAUUAACCUGACUGUAGUCCUGCUGAAGCUUGGCGCCUAUCAGUUCAUACAGGUGAAUGCUGAAUGUAAACUAAAAAUUUGAAUUGUUGGAGGCAGUUUUUUUUUUGGCUGUAAUUUAUGCAAUUGCUUUUUGUGAUUUUUAGGAAAGGGGGCACCUGUGUUAUUACUGUAAACUUUUCUUAACCAAAAUUUGGUGAAUUUCACUAGUCUACCUCACAAUUUGUUUGAUUCUAAAUUGUCUUAA